CAACAACACGCUCGCAGCAGCUGCUGUCGUCUUCUCCUCCUGUUUUCUUUUUCCUCACCCACUUGCUUUCCUUUUCACCCCUCACCUUUUCAAUUAUCACAACUUUGCCACUGUACAUUUCUUCCGUCUUCUCUCUAAUUAGGGAUUUUAAUCACUGUGAUCGCGUGCGAGAUAGAGAGUAGAAGUGUUAUGGUGAUGGCGGAAAAUGAGAGUGGAGAUGAUCAAAAGAGUAGUAGUACGGUCGGACCGAAGUCGCCGUGGAAGUCUCCGGUGGUCGCUGAUGCUCCGGUGAUGGGCGCCGCCGAGUUUUGGCCUGCUCUUUCUGAUGCUCAACAACAACAGCAACAACAUCGGUCGAAGCUGACUGAUUCUGCUUCUAAGACGCCGCCGCAGCCGCCAUUGAUGGUUGCUGGUGGUGGUGAUAAGGCUGCGCCACCGGCAGCUUCACCUCGGGGAUCAGCUGGGCAGCAUAAGUCACAUGGAUCUGGAUAUUCAAAUACAUCAAAUAAACAUUCAUCAUCAAGACAUCAAAAAUCAGGAUCUAAGCGCAAUCCUAAUGGGGCACAUCCUUUCUCCGUGCCAUUCCCUUACCAACAACCAGCCAUGUCACCAGUUUUUCCAGCAAUGGCACCUCCCCCACACAUUGCUGUUUCUGGCUAUCCAUAUCAACCUGGCCCUCCACCUUUUCCCACAGUUGAAACUCAUUUGAUGAAGUCUGGAUCAGAGACGGGACCCCCUAUGCAACCUUUUGCUCCAUCUAUAAAUGUCCAGCCUCCACCUAGAGGGGAUCCCAAUGCUUAUGCUGUUAACUUUCCAAAUCGAAGACCUAACAUGCAAGACUCUGGUGGCCAUUUGAAUCCAACAUGGCAUCAUCAACGGGCAUUUGGGUCCAGAGAUAACAUCCCGCUGCAACAGGUUAUGGGACCAAGGCCAUUGGUAAGGCCACCUUUUUUUGCCGCACCUCCAGGGUACAUGGUCGGUCCAACAUUCCCUGGACCACCACCUAUAUGCUACGUAUCUGUUGCACCUCCAGGCUCUCUCAGGGGACCUCAACCUUCCUGUUUUGUUCCAUAUCCAAUUAAUUCAGGGGCUCCUGUGCUUUCCCAAGAGACACUAGCUUUGAGGGCUAGCAUUGCAGGACAAAUAGAGUAUUAUUUCAGCGAUGAAAAUCUGCAGAAUGACCAUUAUCUAAUAUCCUUAAUGGAUGAUCAAGGAUGGGUUCCAGUAUCCACGAUUGCUGAAUUUAAAAGGGUUAAGAAAAUGACUCUGGACAUAUCAUUUAUCCUUGAUGCGCUGCAGUGUUCUGGCUCUAUAGAAGUGCAGGGUGACAAGGUUCGGAAACGAGAUGAUUGGUCAAAGUGGAUUCCAGCUUCUUCUCAGCAGGCAGUGUCACCGAAGGCUCAGACUUCUGAGGCCCAAGCUGGAGAGAAUGCUGAGGAAGAUGACACAAUCAGUGUCUCCAAAGGAAGCGCUGGAUUUGCUUCGCACACUACAGUCAAGGCAGUAAACAAAUUGUCAAAUGGAGAUGCUGGGAAAAUGGAAGUUGAUGGGAAGUCUAUCCUGUUUAAAGCUGGAAAACCAGGAUGUGAUGGGAAUUCAGAGCUUGGUGCUUGUCAUAGCACUCCCCAUUUGGACCGUGCACAAGGAACUGGGCCUCCGACAUUCAAUUAUCAUGGGACUGAAGGGAUGGAAGAUGCACAGAAUCUUGCUGAUCUUUCAAGUGAUUUUGCCAACACAUUUAUGCUUGAUGAAGAGCUGGAGCUUGAGCAGAAAACACUCAAGAAUGAUGAAUGUUCUCCAGUUAGAAGGAUUGAUGAUGAAGAGGAUGAGAUGGUGGUCCAUGACCAGGAUGUUCAAAGACUUGUGAUUGUCACCCAGAAUAGUAGAGUGGGAGAAGGAUCUACCAAAUCUGGUGGUAAAGAAUCAAAAUCUAUUUCAUCCGAGCUUGCUUCUGCAAUAAACGAUGGGCUAUACUUCUAUGAGCAGGAGCUCAAAACUAAGCGAUCUAAUCGUAGAAAGAAUGCUUCUACCUACGAGAACAGAGAUGGAUAUUUAAGACUGACAAACAGUGCUUCACUAAUAUCAAAGUCAAAGGCUGGUGAAAAUUCUGCUGCAAGCUGUGGCCAUGAAGAGUCGGGAAGCUCCAACAACACAAGGAAACAAAAUAAAGUUCCCAAGCAGCAGUCAUACCAUAAGCAACGGUUCUUCUCCAGCAACUCUAGGAAUCAUGGCACUGGUCGCAAUAAUUUUGGAAUCAUAUCAGAAAGUCCACCAAGCAAUUCAGUUGGAUUUUUCUUUAGUUCUACACCUCCUGAAAAUCACGGACUCAGAUCUUCAAAGUUGAGUGUUUCACCCCACAGCAUGCUACUGGGCAGCAGUCCACCAGUAGGUUCCAUGCCAAAGUCAUUCCCACCGUUUCAGCAUCCGAGCCAUCAACUCUUAGAAGAAAAUGGCUUUAAACAGCAGAAGUACUUGAAGUAUCGUAAGCGGUGCUUAAAUGAUAGAAAGAAGAUGGGAAUAGGCUGCAGUGAGGAAAUGAAUACACUGUAUAGGUUUUGGUCGUACUUCCUUAGAAACAUUUUUGUCCCUUCUAUGUAUAAUGAGUUCCAAAAAUUUGCGCUGGAAGAUGCAUCUGCUAAUUACUAUUAUGGGAUGGAGUGCCUUUUCAGGUUCUAUAGUUAUGGCUUGGAGAAGGAGUUCAGAGAUGACUUGUACAAGGACUUUGAAGAACUCACCCUUGACUUCUGUCGUAAAGGCAACAUUUAUGGCCUUGAAAAAUACUGGGCCUUCCACCAUUAUUGCCGUCUAGGUGACAAAGAACCAAAGAAACAUCCAGAAUUGGAGAGGUUACUGAGAGAUGAAUAUCGGACCUUGGAGGACUUCCGUGCCAAAGAGAAGUCCAUGAAGAAGGACAGUCAUUAGCUUGCUGUAAUGACUAUUUCCGGGUAACAUCCUCUCAAUUUUGAUAAUCACCCAGGAAGAAGAGAAAGGGAGUUGAAGUUAGCAGCACGUGUUUGGUUUGGAUGCAGGGAAAAUAUGGUUUUUGUAUAGUAGUAUAUUGGGGGAAUCGUUCGCACCUCUUAGGGCUGCUGACUACCGAGAUUUUGUUUUUAUUCCUUUUUUGAGGUUCUGGAGCUCCCGGGUACAGCAUCCUUUCUGGUUUUGUCUGCAAGUUUAGAGAGGUGCUUUUGCUUUUUUUCUCAAUUGCUUCGUCCUAUUCCCCCAAUGCUGUUACCUGUACAUAAAGGAAAACUAAAAAAAAAAAAAAAAAAAAAAAAAAAAACAGCUGUAUCGAGCGACCCUUGUGAAAAUUGAAGAAUAAGAUAUUGGAAAUAUUUAUUUCUUGCUGAUAAGUGAUCAUUAGAAUUUUUUUUUUUU